AUUUCAAUAUUCCACGUUCUCCAACGACUUUCAUUCGUUUUAAUAUUUCUUCGCAUAAUCCUCGCUUCUAGGAACCUCCUGUAUUUCUUUAUUUUUGUCAAAACUUUGCACGCUUCGUAUUUCUUCCACCCUUUCUUUCAUCUUACGGGGCUCAUAUUUCUUUCGGGAAAGUUAACGUGAUUUGAGGUUCUUGGGGAUUGCUAGACAACUGCGGGAAGAUAAUAAAAACGCAUUUGUGCGCGGUUUGCAUUAUUCUUUUUACCAUCCCUUUUUAGAGAUGCUUAAUUGCUCGAGUCACGAUUAUCGGCGCCGCAAGACUCCGUCGUCUCUCGAGUCGCACCGUACGCGAGUCCGAGCUUCCGUCGCGCGAAGCAUUUGAAUCGGUCGUGCGUCGAUCGCCUCGGCGCGCACGAUCGCCCUUCGACUUUUUCACCUCUGAAUGGCGCGCAGCAUGGCACCGCUUUACGACGGCCACGAUUAUUACAAGCGGAUGUUCGAGCUCCAGGAGAAGCUGCGGAAGAGCGAGGAGGAGAGGAUACGACUGGAGGAGCGAUUCAACGUGCUCAUGCGGGAGUCUCGUAGCAGACACGACAUCUGUAUAAAUCGGUUGCGCAUGAGGUACAUACAAUAUCUGGAAGAGCAACGCACGAGGGAUGAGAGGAAUCACAAGCUUCUCGCGGCACUGGAUGGAGUUAUGAACAAACUCGCGCUGAUAAGCGCGAAAAAAGACAGACUCAAUGUUCUCCGAAAACAGUACGAGGCUUAUUUACUUCGCGCUUAUGCCAAUCACCGGCCACCCGGUAGCGUCACCGGGGACAGUGGCAUCGCCAGCCAGAAUGAGGAUAAAUACACGACGAGGAAAACCGUUGCGAUGGCACAUCCCGAUUUAGCGCCCGCGGAAACGAGAAGUGUUUCGUCACCGCGGAUGCAUCAGGGGGCGCCUGAUCCCCAGCCGAGUCAGCCAAGAGCCGCGUCCAGGUUCCACGAUCAAAUUGCCGUGGACGCCUCGUUAAAUAAUCCUCCACCAGUCUUGACGGCUGCGCCAAUAGGUGCAACCCUCGAUGUCGAUCAUCGUCAGACGAGUGUCCCACGCGGAUCGUAUGUUUACGCUCCCUUGCCGAACGCUCAUCAAUAUCUACGGAUACCUUCCAAUUACGACAAAAGCGCGCCUCGCAGUCUUCAGCAUAUUCCGGACAUUAGCAUCUCGUACGCGGACGCGCCGGUUUUGCCAGUGGCACCUCCCGACGACACGCGGUCCCAAGCUGUACCUGUUAACCGAUUCUUUAGGGAGCAUGUGGAAUCGGCGCGGGCCGCGCCCGGUCUCUCGGCGACCGCGCGGUUCCCCGUUGGAGACGCGUCGCGGAACGUGCCUGCGCCACGUCAGUUCGACCCUUUAACAUUACUGCAGUAUCACGACGCCAAUAUAUUGCUGUCCGACCCGCGAUUACAGAGGGGAGAAUACGAUCCGUCCGACGCCGCGGCUGUGGGGCCAACUUUGGUGACCGGGAAAUCGAGCACGUAUCGAACGGGAGCCAGCGUGAAUGUCGCUAACGAAAUCGGCCCGCUGCCGGGAUACAUGGACUACGUCCUGCCGAGUGCGCAGAGAUCUGACGACGAAGGGUCCACUCGUUCCAUCACCAGCGACGACUUAGACGGUCUGAUCAGGCGCAACGAACGCUUGUUGUGGGGCAAAGCCGAGAUUGCCAGGACGCCUUGCCGACCGCCGAUCCCUUCGGGAGUGGACAACGCUAAUCUGGACGAGAACGACAUGACAGCGCUGGUGGAGAACGAACUGGAUCGAUAUAUCAGCAACAUUCGGAAACUCCAUCGGGAGCACGGCGCGCAGAGCUUGGAUGAGCUGGACCACGAGCAGAACACCAGCGGCGACUUGCUGAAUGUCUCCCUGUCGGAGGACGCUCUGGAGCUGCCGGCCGAGGACCGGGCGAGGAAGGAGCGGGUGCCCGAGGAGAUGGGCAAGAUCCUGGCGUUGGCUAGCGACCUCGCGUCCAGGACGGCGAAUCUGAAGGAGGUUGCGCGAGAUUCGGCCGGGCAAAGCGGCAGCGUUAGCUCGCCCACGGAGGUCGAGGACGGAAUUAGACGGCGCGAGAGCGACGCGUCGGAAUUGAAAGGGAAACGCGAGGCUGAAGGCCGCGCGACAUCGGUGAGAAGCGAAAUUAGAGAUGACGUUGCGACACGCUCGGCGAAAUUGGAGCGGCCGCGCGGGGACACGAAAAUUGCGAGGGAGAACUGGAAUAAUGCGGAUGCGUCGGCCGGGUCGCGAGAGCGCGAUCGGGAAGCAUCUGCUGCGAAGAAAGACAACGCGAAUGAGGAAACAGCCGCGAGUGACGAUCCGAGGAAUGCGCUCGAGGAGAAGCGGCUCGAUCUUGUAACUGGUGAAGAGUCAAAUAUCGAGAAUCUCCUCGACGCCGCCGAGGAACUGGCGCCGUGGGAUCUCGCGAGUGUGCAGAAGCAAGUUCGCGAGUUGCAUUUGGACGAUUCCGAUGGGGACCGAGCGGCGGCAAGAGACGCCGAAGACACGGUGGACAGGAUCAGAGAGGAAGUCGCGAGCGAGUCGGGCGAUUCGUCACGAUUCAUCGAGCAGAGCGGCGUGAAUGACCAAGUGGAGAACGCGCCUCCUCGUUCGGAAGUGGAAACGACAAGGUUGGACUCAAGCGAGGCGAGUGAGAUCGAGGGGCAAAACCAAACAGCUUCUAUCGAGGUCGCGGAGAACGUGCCUUCUAAAGUUCCGAGUCAACAGCCAGCCGGUGAGGCUGAGAUCACCUCGCAGCCAGGUGAGGCACUUGUUGGCGAGCCGAACGGAGGUGAUGGAAGAAAAGGGGACGAGACGACGGAGCUUCGGGUCGACGAGCGACGCGAAGGCGCGGUGAAAGACAGCGGGUACAGCGUCGAGCAGGGAUACCUUGAGGAUCCGAGUCAAGUGCAGCAGUACGAGCAGCAGGAUCCGAAUCAGCAAUAUUACGACCCGAACAUCCCGUACGAAGCUGGUAACGAGGAGUACGAGAGAUACGCUGAUCAAGGAUACGCCCAGGAGGGCCAGGAAUACGUCGAGUACGUGGAUAGUCAGUACGAGCAGUAUCCCGAGGAUCAGCAGUACCAGGACUAUUCCAACGCGCAGUACGAGCAGGACCCGAAUCAAGCGUACGACUACGGCUACGACCCCAAUCAAGGCUACGGGGAUCCCGGCCAGCAGUACGACCCUAAUCAAGGAUACGAGAACAGUCCGGAUAAUCAGGCGUACGAUUACACCGAGCAACUCCCCUACGAUGCCAAUCAGACGUACGACACCGCGUACGAGCAGGAGUACAAGGAGGAGCAGCGCGACGACGCUGCCGGGGAUCGCGCGGAGAAGCCGGAGACGGAGGAGGCCACGCCGAGACAAGCGGAUCCGGAGUCGGAGCGCAAGCCGGACGCGGACGGGGACGCCGUUAACGGGGCGGGUCAGCCGAGGAAGAAGAGGGACGUGAUCAAGUCCCUGCUGGAUUCCGACACGGACACGACGAUCGAGCGCAAUGUCUCGAACACGGAGAGCGAUUUUGAUUUCAAUUAGGACGCGCGAUGCGCCGGGAGGACACCGAGCCCGUUGCGGAUGGAGAAAAGUCACUACGGCGAGAUCUUGUUGACGAGAUGAACGAGAUCCUCGCGUCUUCGAGUGCCGGCGACCGAAACCGAUUGACGCAAGGACAGUGACUCCGAUUUUGACUGAAAAAUGUGUGACGAGGGAAGAAAGCGCACAGUUAGGUAGCUACGAGCGGGGAUUAAGCUAGCGGACGUCUAAUUGAGACAAAUUGGAGGAAGAACGCGAUCGAGUCCCGAAUGAAUUUCAAAAACGGACGUUCGGUAUCUACGCGCGAGAAACGCCUGGGGCGGUGAAUUUAAUUUUAAUUACAGUUUCAAUUAGAGCCCACGAGAGCUGUAGCGAACGGCGAGAAUAAGUAAUUACGAGUUUCGCUUGCGCAAAUAUCAUAUUUACACAAUGUAGGCGUAGAAUAAAAUGGUGAAACAAGA